AUGCCGGCCACUGUCGCGCGUGCAGCUAUCCGCAUCCUACGGCCUACACAAAGCCGUCGCAAGCUCUCUGGAGGAAGUGUGCAUCACCAGUUGCCACUGGAACUGGACCCUACUGAUCCUAUCACACUCUCGAAUGAGUUUGACCGAACACAGUCAAUACAGGACCUGCGUGGUCAGCUUGAGAAGGCAGGCUUUACAGAUAUUGAAGUGAUCCCAGUUUCAUUGGAAACAAUUGACACUGUAGUCGACCGCCUGGAGAAGGAGAUGAAAUCAAAGCAGCAGCAUGGACAGGAGCUCAUUGUUUUCCAACUCUGCGAUGGCACGGAGUUGGACGGUUAUCCUGGUGUGUCUAUAAUAAAGGCACUUGAAAAGUACAAUAUUCCUUUUACCGGCUCAGACUCUGCAUUCUAUAUCAUAUCAAGCUCCAAGCCGGUCUUGAAGCGCGAAUUACAAGCGGCCCAGGUACCAACUUCCUCGUUUAAAGAGUUUGCGAACCCGCCUCAGAUGGAGGAUUUGCAGGACAUUAUCAAAGAAAUUACUUUUCCCAUGAUUGUCAAGCCUUCCAUCUCUUAUGCUUCUAUCAACAUCUCGCUGAAAUCAGUUGUCCAUACGCCUGAGGAGGCCUUUCUUCCCAAAGAAGGGGGGUUACAUCUGGAUCAGAUUGACAUCGAGACACCUACGGUAUUUGUGGAAAAGUUCCUUACAGGCCGUGAGUUCACAGCUUUGGUCGUCGGUGAUGAGGAUUGGGGGGUGAGAGUAUAUCCUGUUGCUGAACGUGUUUUCGCUCCAAAUUUGGAUAAGUUUGCACGACUCCUAUCCUUUGACCAAUACUGGGAUGGAUAUACAUUGGAGGGUGGAAAUGGUAAGGAUGAUGGCUUUUGUAAGUAUGAGAUGGCUGAAAUGGCGUGGCAGAAGCCUUUGCAGGAGGUGGCCAAAAAUGCUUAUCUUGCUCUGCAAGGAAGUGGUUAUGGAAGAGUUGACAUUCGCACAGUGGAUAUGGACAAAUGUGAGCCUUUCGUACUGGAGGUCAAUGCCAACUGUGGUUUAUCAUUUGAAAAAGACUCGUCCUCGUUGGCUAACAUAUUAAUUAUGUCCAAAAUUGCAGCUCCUGGGUUUGUGUGCGAUUUACUUGAUCAUGCACUGCAACGCAAUAAACGCCUGAACAACGUAUGCUUACACGAAUAG